GGCCGACGCCAGCUUUGCUCGCUUGCUAGGCUCAAAAACUCUGCCGACGUCAUAGCAGUGCUCGUUAUUGAUCGCAUCGCUGCCAAGAACCAAAAACAAGCAGUAGAAAUGGUCGCCACGCGCCGCCAGUCAGCCGGCGGCGCUCGAGCAGCCUCGCCGGCGCGACGAGCCAAGUCGCCGGCGCGCAAGCCCGCAGCGCGCGCCAAGUCGCCAGCGAGAAAACCCCGCAAGCAGCAAGCGCCAAUCGAGUUCGAGUUCGGCGGCCCCCUCGGCGCCCUCGCGACGACGGUCUUCCUGCCCCUCGUGGUUAUUGCGUUAGCUGUGGCUUGCGACGAUGACUUUUGUGUGGGGUACAACACAUUGAGCGAGUUCCGCGUCCCAUCGAACCUCGUCACAAUCAAAGCAUUUGGGGUGGUCCUCGGCUGGCUCGCGUUCCAAGCUUUACUGUAUGUCGCCCUGCCCGGAGACCGUGUACAAGGCGCACCGCUCCCCGGCUCCACAAAACGCCUGGACUACGUCCUGAACGGCCACGCCGCCUUCUGGUGCUCCAUUGUCGCAGUGGCAUUGGCGGACCACUACCGUUGGAUAGACAUUUCUACUUUAUAUGAUGACUUCGUGCCGUUAGCCGUCGCAUCUUGUAUUCUCUCUCUGCUCCUCUCGAUAGCGCUGUACGUCGCAUCGUUCAGACCGGCAAAACCACUGUUAGCCAAGCCGGGCAACACCGGCAUACGUAUAUAUGAUUUUUUCAUGGGCCGCGAGCUCAACCCACGCAUUUCGAAUUUUGAUCUGAAGUACUUUUGCGAAUUGAGGCCCGGUCUCAUCGGCUGGGUCUGCCUCAACCUGGGCGCACUGGCCAAACAACGGGAAGUCUCCACCUCGAUGCUCUUAGUAAACAUCUUCCAGCUCCAGUACGUCUGGGACGCCCUGUACUUUGAGAGAAGUAUAUUAACGACGAUGGACAUCACGACGGACGGCUUCGGGUUUAUGCUGGCCUUUGGCGAUUUGAGUUGGGUCCCCUUUACGUACUCGUUACAAGCGCGCUACCUGGCGUCCUACGAUGCUCAAUUGUCUACUUUGUCUUUGGUGGUGAUUACGUUACUGCAUUUUACUGGCUAUGUGGUCUUCCGAGGUGCCAACUCCCAGAAAGACUCAUUCCGGAGGGACCCGCAAACGGCCAUCGACAGAGGUACCACAUACCUACAGACCAAGAGAGGUACGAAAUUAAUAACGUCGGGCUUCUGGGGCGCCGCGCGCAAGGUCAACUACACGGGCGACUGGCUCAUGGGCCUGUCGUGGUGUCUACUCUGUGGCUUCGGUUCUCCGAUCCCCUACUUCUACGCGACGUACUUCCUGGUGCUUUUGAUACAUCGCGCGUUGCGCGACGACCACGCCUGCGCCGAGAAAUAUGGAAAUGACUGGCCGCGGUACAAGGAAAAGGUGCCGUGCAUGUUCGUGCCCGGGGUGGUCUAGGGUUUAACGAGCGGUAUCGGUAGUUGCUAGCUAGCUAGAGGGGGA